AUGGAUCCGCUUAACAUCUCAUGCGGCGUAUUUACGCUUCUAACGAACGCAAUCCAGGCUGGCAAAUCUCUACAUGAGACGAUUCAGUCCUUUCGAAAUUUUGAGCGGACGAUACGAGAGCUACGCUCUGAGCUCGAGUCGCUUAUACAGGUUCUUGAGUCUCUCAAAAACGUCAUUACUGAUGAGGGGCCCAUUGUCUCCAUGCUGAAGCUCCCAGUGCUCUGUUGCCACCAGACAUGCCAGGAGUUUAAUGCUAUCAUCAUAAAGUGCACUAAACAUGCGUCUGCUAGCUCCAGAACAAGCUUCAGAGACUGGGCUCAGAUUAGAUACAUGGGUGGCGAUAUCAGAGAUUUUAAAGAUAUGCUAUCCGGCUAUAAAUCUACCAUUGCUAUUGCUCUUGGUAGCCUAAAUAUGUUAAUGAUUCGAGAAACAACAACCGAUCUCGAGGCUCAUCUUCAGAGCAUCGACGACAAACUAGCCGCUAUUGCCAACCAUCCGCGCUCCGAGCCUGACCCUAAUGAUGAAUUAAGUGUCAAGCGAAUGGAGGAGGAAAGGGAAAGUGCUCAGCAGUGCAUCCUCAUCUGCGAGAGUGCGAGGUCUCAUAUCCAGACCUUGCAAGACAAGAUGCAGUCUCCGGAUGCUGAGCCGAACCAGGAUCGUCGUCAGACAGCCAUCGCGCUCAGCGAGGCCAGAGACAGGAUGGUGCGCAUGAUCACAGACCUGCAAAAACGGCUCGUCGACCUAUCGGCGAAGUCAUUAAGUGCAGAGGUAUCAUUACGAUCCAAUGAAUUCGAGCAGGAUCGGGUUCGACUCCUCAAGGAGAUUGAUACAGCCAAGCAAUGCCUCGAGGUUUGUAACAUGGCAGCCGACCAAGCCUCCAGACAGAGAGUACACGUCUUCGGUGACAUUUCCGCCGAGGAUAACAGCCAGCAGAUCCUUGUAUCGACCGUGGGAGACCUCCUAAACGCUAAGAACGUGAAGGCCGGCAGUUUCUCCGCGCAGUGGUUGGGAUCCAUGACAGAUGCCACUUUGCAACAACUGUCUAGUGACCGGACGGCCCAAUAUACUAAUAUACAUACGAGAGAAGGCGAUCCGUCCUUUGGUGGUAAAUAUGGCUCAGGGUAUAAAUUGAACGAAAAGGCCAGCCAGUCAGCUGUAGGUGUCGGUCGCACUACGCAGAAUUGGUAA